AGCCGUUUGACUGCGAAUGCAACGGGCCGAAUACCGGGCAUCGAGCGGCGGCCAGAAACGUUGUUUUAGCUUCGGCUUUCUGAUUCUGAAUUUUAUUCUCUCAGUCAGUCAGUCAGUGAUCGGCGAAACGCUACAAGUACGAGAUCCGGGAUUCGAGUGAGAGACGACGAAAUAAUCAUUUAUUUUAGCGUUUUGCCGUGGUGCCGCGUCGCCUCCAAUUCGAUUUAGUUAGUUCAAACUGCACGUAGUGUUUUGUGAGACUUUUAGUGCAUUCAGUUGGAUUUAUUUAAUAUAAUGGCGGAAAGUAGAGGAUCAUUAUUAGCCAAGUCGGUACAAAAACACGCGGGACGAGCCAAAGAGAAGCUUUUACAAAAUCUGGGAAAAGUCGACCGGACAGCAGACGAAAUCUUCGACGAGCAUCUAGAGAACUUCACAAGACAACAGAAUGCAGCCAAUAGAUUACAAAAAGAAUUUAGUAAUUACAUACGAUGUAUAAGAGCUACCCAAGCAGCAUCUAAAACACUGUUUGAGGCCAUAGGAGAAACGUACGAGAGCCAAUGGACCGGACACGACCAAUUAUACAUUCAGACACAACAGAUCGAUAUAUUGUGGCAGGAUUUUAGUCAUAAGUUAGCAGACCAAGUACUCUUACCAUUAAAUACGUAUCAGUCACAGUUUCCAGAAAUGAGGAAAAAAAUCGAUAAAAGGGGUCGAAAACUGAUCGAUUAUGACAACCAGCGUCACAGUUUCCAAGCAUUACAAACCAACAUGAAGAAGAGGGAUGACGUUAAAAUCGCGAAAGGUCGAGAACAAUUGGAGGAAGCCAAAAGGACGUACGAAAUUCUUAAUUCGGAACUUCACGAUGAACUUCCAGCCUUAUACGACUCGAGGGUGCUAUUUUUGGUGACGAAUCUCCAAAGUUUAUUCAAUGCCGAAGAUACUUUCCACUCAGAAUCUGCAAAGAUAUUCAGUGAUCUUGAAAGUAUCGUGGAUAAAUUAGCGACCGACAGUCAGCGCGGUUCGUACAAUGUAAAGAAAACCAAUGGAACAAACAGUUUGCCAAGGCCUAAAAAUGCACUACUGAAGGAAUCUCCAGAGCUUAUCGUAAAUAAUGUGCAAUCAAAACGGGCUGUAGACGAUGACACAGCAAACUCAGUAUCACAGGUGGACACGUCCCCAUCACCCGCGAAAGCUAACAAUAACUCCCUAGAGAACAGUAAGAGUGAUUCUGUCCCAAUUACCCCUAAUAGCACGACGUCAGUCCCAGCCAGUCCCACCACUCCCACAAGCCCUAUCUCGAAAGAACUAACAAAAUCUAAUACAGCAAACAAUAAUGCCGUGUGUGAGCCAAGUGUUGAUGCUGCUGACACCACUAACAAAUUAGAUGCUGUUGCUGAUGUCGAGCCAGUUGUCAAAGAGGAUAACAAGAGGCUAGAGGAGCUUUACGAUAUACCCGUUGGUGCUUCCACUGAGCAUCUUCCACCAGGUGUUCUUUACAGGGUAAAAGCAACAUAUAAGUACACCAGAGAGGAUGUCGAUGAAUUAUCAUUUGAAGUCGGAGAAAUUAUUUCUGUAAUCGAAUAUGAUGAUCCAGAUGAACAGGAAGAGGGUUGGCUUAUGGGUGUCAAAGAUAACGGAGACAAGGGCAUGUUCCCCGCUAAUUUCACAAGACCACUAUAAUCAUCCCUUCAAGCUCCAUUUUGGUAAAUAUCAACGUACAAUAAUCUGCAGCCAUUAUUUUGUUUGUAAAAACAUACAUUUAAAAUAUUACCAACUUUUUUUAGACGUUUAAUAGACUAGAAGAUUUUUUGUUGUGUUAGCAUAAUAGUUUAUUUUAUUCUGUUAUUUGUAUUUAACGAGGCAGCAUCUGAUCAUAUCAUAACUAAGGUGAAAUCUUUUUCUCCCCACCGUAGGCAGUUUUUAUCUUGUUUUCCUUAAAAGUUUGUAUUAUCUUAAAAUAUUACUCAUUUAGUGUUAAGUUAUACGAAACAUUUUGAGCUUUUUUAACGUUUUUAACUUGUACUUAUACUUAUUUAUUAAUCUGUUAAUUAGGAAGGGUCUUGUAGAUUAAUCGUAACUUUGGUUUGACUUGUUAAGUAUUUUUAUUUGUAGGUCUGUUAAUAUUAAAUGUUUUGUUUGUAGCUGUUUUAUGUACUUGCUGUUAUCAGUUUAUUUUGUUAUUUAAAUCUGUAAUAUGUUAAGCGACGAUUUUUUCCACUUUUAAUUUUCAACUAAUUGCAUAAAAAAAUCAUUUUGCACUAUUUUCUCCACAUUUAAAUAAUUCAUAACAACUUCUAUUUAACUCGAGAAAUCGCCCAAAAAUCAAAGUUUUUGAGAUGUGAGUAACUGUGAAUCUCCAGAGUUAAAACAAUUUUAUUAAGAGGGGCAAUAUUAAAAUCGCACGUGCCAUCUGAAAGUGAGAUUACGAAAUUGUUUGAGCUGUAUUUUUUAUAAAAGUUUAUACAUUGAAAUUUUACGGAUUGUUAUUUCUAUCUACAUUUAUUUAUUAUGUAUGUAGCUUUAUACUGUAUUUAAAUAUAUGAUCGACUCAAAUUAUUGAUUCUUACAGCAGUUGCAGUCGAGGAGCUUAUAUAGAUAGGUAAUAAAAAAUUAAGUCUUUAGUAAUUGUAAAUUAUACAGAGUGUUUUAUUCUGUUGAAGUUCGAUUAUAACGUUGAAUGUUCAUUUAUAUAUUUACACAAACCUUUAAAGGUUUUUUAAAUGUUUUUCACUUAUAUGUGUACCCAGGAAAUAUUUUAGGGUCAAACUUGAUUUAGCGACAAUUGAAGACAGUAUUUAACUUUACCGCUUAAGGUGCAUAACGACGUGAAUUGGUGUGAUGACUGUCUUUGUUAUAUAAUAAUAAUAAUAAUAAUAAUAAUAAUAAUAAUAAUAAUAAUAAUAAUAACGUUUAUUAAUCCAUACAAACUGUACAGCGCUAAAAAAACUUGCACAAUGUCUCCAAAAUCAAUUUUACAGGAACAUAUAUUUAGAAGAAUUUAAGAUAAGCUAGUGGUUUCUCCAAAAAUUUCUUCACAUUAACAUUUUAUUUAAUAGACAAACUAACUUAAUGCUUACCAAUGAAUAAUUUAGUCUUACGUCUCUUUUUAAGCUGCUUUAUUUAUCGUAUACAAGUAAUUUCAAAUGGGUUGAGUAUUAAAAGUAUAUGAAGCACCAGGGGCGGAUCCAGGGCUGAUUUUUGGGAGGGGAAAAUUUUUUUGAACACAGUGAAUCAGCAUAAUUAUAAUAUAUUGUAAUUAAUGUUCAUUUAUUCAGCCACAAAUCCUUGUUUUUGAUGAAAAUGUUACAGAAAAAUUAUUUCAUAGAACAAAACGACGAGGCCCCAGUUUUGCGAAUCGUUCAAUGACUUCUUCAGGACUGACUUCAAUGUCUUGGUGUAUGUAUAGCAAAGCCAAUCCAAUCAGUCUUUCUUGUAGCAUCGUUGACCUCAGCCAUGUUCUCAAGCAGCGAAGAGUAGAAAAAGAGCGCUCAGAGGUUGCAUUUGUGACAGGCAGUGUGCAAAAUAUACGAAGAUAAGCAUUGAUAGUCGGGAAUAUUUCAACAUCACAGUUCUCCAAAGCUUGUAAUGCAGUAGUUGGAAGUGGAUUCGCUGAAGUCUUUUUCUUCUGCUGCCAAUAGCGCUGCCAGUGGUUCAACUCGCUUUUGAACUUAAAACGCUGCACGAUGUUGUCAUCAGUUAUGAGUCCUUUGAAUCUUUCUGUCAAAUAGCUGAUAAGAUUUUCGCUUUCAGUUGGAUUGAGCUCACAUACUUUCGUAGGCAGCAGCAUACUCAAUUGAAAACCGUCUAGAACUUCUUUCGAAAAACAAGUCUUGAGAUCUUCGCAGAUGGUAUCCAACAAAGGAAUGUAUACCAAGACCCUGUAGUAAUCUUCGCAACUGCUAACGCUGUAAUUAUCGCGUUUCGUUUGUUGGUCACAAGUUCUCGGUUUUUGUUCAGGAACAUCCAGUUUUUGUGUAAUUUUUUUCGCAUCUGAAUUUUUCUGCAUCAGCUUUUUCUCUCCGAUCUUGAAACGUUGCAAGCAGCGUAUCUAUCAUCAUUGAUGCUUUUGCAUUAUCGACGGACUCUUUUUGAAGCAGUACGCUGAGUGUCACAAAGACAGAAAAGUUCAACGAUAAAUUCGAAUUUGCACAAAGCUGCUAUUAGGACUGUUGCUUUUCCGACUGUUUCCUUGUUUUUCCACCCACUGAUUUUUGUCAAAGCUUCUACAAUCAACGACAUUUUGGAGGCAAAUUGAACAACAGCAUCAUGACGUUGAACCCACCUUGUUUCGCAUAACUGUACCAGGUGUCCUCCAAGUUUCUUUACUUAGGAAAGGACUUCUUGAAGAACUUGUUAACCUCACUUAUAGUGCUCUAUACCAAUUCAAUCACUCGAAUUUUGGUAGAUUUAGAUAUGGUGCUGUUUAGUUUGUGAGAAUAACAGGUUGUUACUACAGCGUUUUCCGCUUCUUUCCGGAUUUCGUUAACAGCUCCACGAUCUGAUAGCAUCACAGCACACGCAUCAGUUCCUAUUGCAACGCAGUGUUUUGAGUUGAGAUUCAUUUUCUUUAUUUCUGCGAGGACGAUUUCCCCGAGAGCAAUCCCGGUAAGUGAUAAUUCCACAUCAGGUUGGCUGUCUUCUUGAGCGUUUUAAGUAGAGAGUACUCCAGUUUCUUCUUCCGAGUCGUCAGAGUCACUACUUUCUGCAGAAUUAUUCUUUGAAAGGAAGGAACUGUAGGGGAGUAUGUCAUUUACUAAGCUCCCAGAUGGAGCUAAGUGUAACUGCGAGUACGAAAAAUGUUGCCAGUGAACUACACCUUAUGAAAACACUUCACUGAUCACUCCUAGGUGACAUUAUUCAGUUUAAUAAUUUAAAAAAGCAGUGAAAAGUCUGAGAGAAAAGAAUUUUUUAAAUUUUCAUAAAUAUAUAAAUUUGAAAGUUGCAUCAAUUUUUUCAUGCAAAUUGAUCGAUAUAAAAAUGUACAAAUCGAAAAGUUUUUGGAGGGGGAAAUUUCCUUCAUUUCAGCACAGCGAUUGAAAGAAACCAUUUUUGUUUGAAAUUUCACUAAAUCUAGGUUAGGACAUCCAAUAUUUUCACUUGCAAAAUAUGACAAAAAAAUCCUUUAUUUAAAUAAUACCGUUUAUCUUUGACAAAUAAAUUAUGCAUAAUCAAAUAAACAAAUAAUACCUUAUUUAAAAUAUAAUAUUUUUUCGUGUUUGAAUAAAGCUACAAGUUUUAAAGGUAUUUUUAGGCAACUGCUUUAUUUUUUAUUAAAUAUCUAUUCUAAAUGUAAAAUUUUGCAAUUUUCUUAAACAAAAUAUUAAAAUAAACUUAAAUGUUUAAAAAGUGAUCAAAUGGGUUUUAAAAAAAGGUAAAACAGGUCUAGUGUUAAGCUUGAUUCACAGUUGUAAACAGAUUUAACCAAUUGUCAUAACAAGAAAAUUUUUAAAUCUUAAGUUUGCUUAGUUUAUUAUUAUUUGCAAAUGUUUCAAAUUCGUAGCCGUAAUAUGCGGAUAACUGUCUGUAAGAGAUCUAUCUGAAAGAAAAGUUAUCUUCAGUAAAAAAAUUUAAAAAAAAAGUAAAAAACAUUAAAAAGUGUAUAAAAUAUAUACUAUUUCUUAAUGUACUUUUAUCUAUCACAAAGGCUAAUUUUACUUUUAUUAAAAAAACGAGUCUUCAUAGAACAAAACAACAAAUGUGAAACGUGAGCAAUUUUCUUAUUUUUUCGCUCAAACUUUUUAUAUUAAUCGGUUUUAAAUCCACCUAUUUAAUAUAUCAAUUACACCUACUUAAGUCAUCUUAUGUAAAAACAUGAAGACUAGAAAUUGAAUAUAUAGGAUAUAAAGACUGGUGGCUUAUAUUGUUAUAGAAAGGGUUGGCAUUUAACUAAUGUAUUAUAAAGGGUCUUUUAAAUAUAUGGAGACAAAAGACCAAGGGCGAUUUAUCUUUGUCCAAAAUAUGAAAAAAUGGUCUGAUAAAUAUCCCAGUUAAUUUAAUUGUACAAUUAGACUUUUCACGGCUACUUGAAAAGUGCAAAAACAUUAUUUGUUGAUAUAGCAAACUUUUUGGUAUUUUAUUUGUGAGAAAUCUUCUUUAGGCUUUUGCACUUAACUCUAAAAACCCUUAUCAUAAUGUCCCUUUAGAUGUUUAUUAAAAAUUUAUAUUUUUAAUAUCUUACAGUCAUGCAUAUUUUGUUAUUAAGUCCCGGUAGCAUUUUUACUAAUUAAUUUUUUCUACAGACAAAUAUAAAACUGAUAAGAAAAAAUAAAUAAACCAAAUUUCAAUUUUCACUCAAAUGAAUCAUGGGUUUUCAUGUAUUUUAUCAAACAUUACAUACUUUGUUAAAAAGCCGAUUUUUUUUUUAAAUUAACAAAAUUAACCACUUAAUUUUUUCGCAAAUCAUGACAAUUACCUCCUUGUCUCUAAAUUUAGUAAAAGUAUAAUUAUUUGCAAACUUCUAUGGCGAUUGGUGUAUUGUGUUUUGUAUCUUGGUAAAUUCUUUUUUAAACUAUUGACUAAUAUUUCGACGGAAAAUAACUUGACUUUGAACGGUAGAUUGAUUAAAUCGAACAGAUUAAGAUAAUUUUUUUAAUCGAUUUUUGUUAAUAGACUUUAAAAGUAAACUUGCUGUACAUGCUAAUAACCGCACUUCGCUGAUCGCCAUAACCCAUUUGCUUAUUAAAUCAUAUAUAUUCAAAUGCUCCUUGUGUAUAAAUUUUAAAUCUCUAGAACCAUUAAAUAGAUCCCGGAAAUGAAACAUUCUGUAUAAUUUAUAGUUCUUUAGAUCACAUAAUACGUUUCUUCCCUUAAGAGUUGUGGCCUAAAAAUAAAAAUUUUUAGACUGAUAAUAAUUGUAAUAUUUACAAGUUUAAAAAAAAAUCUAUAGUAUGAUGUAUGCCACCGAAUUGAAAAAUGACCAUCUUAACAUUAAAUGUUCUUAUAGCAUAUUAAACAUUGACGAAAUAUCUAGUUUUAAGGUUAAAUUAAUGAUUAUAUGAUAAAGAUAGUAAUACCGAAUAUCAAUUUAAAUCUACUAUGUAUUUCCCUUUGUUACUCAUUAAAAGUUUUAUAAUAAAUCAAAUACUCGAAUGUAAUUUCAUAUGUUACAAGUUUAUUUCAAUAAUCGACAUCUUGUUUGCUCGCAAGUGAAACUUUUGAUGAAACAAACUGUUAUUUGCAUGCAUUUGUGUUUUUUUUAUAUAUAUAUUCUAUGCAGUGUGAAUAGUUUUGUAACAACUAGUCAUUCAAACGUUUGCUCAAACAAAUCAUCAGAUCAUGUUAUUUAUUUGAAUUGCGUUGAUUAUGAAAGUAAAGUGUAUAGUUGGGCAAUGAAAAAUUUUUAAAAUCUAAAGACUAAAAAAGAGUUCUAAUAUAUUUAAUAUUUAUUUUAAAUAAAUAAAAAUAAGUUGAUGUA